GUUUUUUUGAUAUCUUUCGUUCCUCUCGCGCGCUUGGCAAUGGCGUUGCUCCAGUCCACGAUGCUCAUCUCUCCACUCCCAGUGAAAUCCAAACCCUACCACUACUCCAUCUCCUCCUUUGGAUUCCGGCGCCUGAAUCUCAACCUCAAUCCUCGCCGCCAGAGAGAUGGUGCUGUGGUGAUGGCUACCAGUGGCGACGUGGAUGCUUUCACGAAGUACUCUGGCUAUCUAUUCGAGGAUGGCGCCUCGUCUGAGGCGGAGUUCUUGGAAGAGUAUAAUCUUGCGAGGAUUGCAGCCAUCUACCGGCGUAAGCCGAUCUUGGUUUUCCGACGAUUCGUGCAGAUUGGUACCACCUUCGGGCAGUGGUUUGCCUCUCGGUAUCUGGAUAGCUUGUUGGAGCGAUCUGAUGAGAUGUUUAAGGUCAGGGCUACGGAGCUUCGUAGGAUUCUAAUCAAACUCGGGCCGGCAUUUGUCAAGAUUGCUCAAGCUGUGUCAUCUCGGCCAGAUGUGAUUCCUCCUGCGUAUUUGGAGGAGUUGUCAUUGUUGCAAGAUCGCAUUGCCCCAUUUUCUACUAAGGUUGCUUUCAACUUGAUAGAGGAAGAACUUGGGUCCCCAAUAGAAGUUCUCUUUUCUGAGAUAUCCCCAGAGCCCACGGCUGCUGCAUCUCUUGGGCAGGUUUAUCAGGCUCGCCUUUGUUCAAAUGGACAAGUUGUUGCUGUCAAAGUUCAGAGACCUGGAGUCCAAACGGCAAUUUCAUUGGAUAUUUUUAUUUUGCGUUUCCUUGCAGGACUAGUUAGAAGAGCUGGCAGACUGAACACUGAUCUUCAGGCAGUACUUGAUGAAUGGGCAUCGAGUCUAUUUCGGGAGAUGGACUACAUGGCAGAAGCAAGGAACGGGGUCAAGUUUAGAGAGUUGUAUGGGGGUCUGCAAGAUGUGUUUGUGCCAAAGAUGUAUAUGGAUAGAACCAGCAAACGAGUUCUUAUUAUGGAAUGGGUGGAGGGGCAAAAGUUAUCUGAAGUGAGAGAUCUCUAUCUUGUAGAGGUUGGAGUAUAUUGCUCUCUUUCUCAGCUUCUAGAACACGGAUUCUAUCAUGCGGAUCCUCAUCCAGGAAAUCUUCUACGAUCCUCUGAUGGAAAGCUGGCAUAUCUAGAUUUUGGAAUGAUGGGUGAAUUUAAGCAAGAACUUCGAGAUGGAUUUAUUGAGGCUUGUCUUCAUUUAGUUAAUCGUGAUUUUGAUGCAUUGGCAAAGGAUUUUAUUACUCUUGGGCUUCUUCCUCCAACUGCCCAGAAAGACGAGGUUACCAAGGCAUUGACAGAUGUAUUCCAGAAUGCUGUGAACAAAGGAGUUCGCAAUGUAAGCUUUGGGGAUCUUUCUGGAAAUCUUGGACAGACCAUGUACAAAUUUAAAUUUCAGAUACCCUCAUACUUCUCCCUUGUCAUUCGGAGCCUUGCUGUUUUGGAGGGCAUUGCUAUAAGUUUUGAUCCAGAAUACAAAGUUUUGAGCAGUUCAUACCCAUGGAUUGCAAGAAAAGUACUCACUGACUCUUCACCGAAGCUCCGAUCUACUUUACAGACUCUACUUUACAAGGAUGGUGUUUUCCAGAUAGAUCGUCUUGAAUCCCUACUAAAUGAGUCACUUCGUGCGAGAACUGAAGAAUCUCUGACUAGGAAGGAAGUACAAAACGCUGAUUCUGAUAGAGAAAUCAAGCAAGUCCUUUCUUUCACAUUGACCGAAAAGGGGGCAUUUGUGAGAGAAAUACUACUGCAAGAGUUUGUUAAGGGAAUAGAUGCGCUUGGCUUAGCAACCUUGGAUUCUGUCACAUCUGGUGCAGCUUCAAGGCUGCCCAUUGCUAUUCCAUCAUCAUCGGCACUUUUCGUGAGUGAGGAAGACAUUUCUAAUUUGAGAACUUUGCAUCGCCUUCUUCAACUAAUAUCCAGCUUCCAAAAGAAGGAAACUCAAAACAAGGAAGUAAGAUACUCAAGUGUCGAAGAGGGUAAAAUAAUGCCAUAUAGGGAGGAAGCUUCUCUUGUUCUUUAUCGAAUGGCUUCUGCACAAGAUUUUCUACCCAUUCUUGCUGCUAUUCCUGAGUUGCCAGCAGAAUCUCAGCAGCAAUUGCUUCUUCUGCCUGCUGAUUUAGCUGGAAAGCUGCUAUCCCGCGCGGUUGCAAGGACUAUAAGAAGGCUUUUUGUAUGAAAAGAAACAUCAAACAAGUUGUUUUAUUGUCAUCACAAAAAAAUGUUAUCAUACAAAAAUAAGCUGUGAAGUGUAUAUCAAGCAAUUAAUUUUUCAAAUGUAACUAUCCAUGAUGUUAGCUGCAUUGGCUGUAAACUUUUUACUGUUGAUAUUGAAAGAAAAUCUCAUUCCUUUCAAUUUGAA